AGGAAACUGACAGGAGAUGUGUGAGCGGUGUGAGCUACCUCACUGGUGUGAGCAGUGUGAGCGGUGUGAGCAGUCAGUGUUGCAGGAUGUUUGUAAAACUUUUCACCUCGCUGUUUCUCCUCUCUAUCUUCUACCAUGACUCUACUGACGCACAGAAGAAGAAAGAGACUCUGAUGUCAGAGAAGGUGACUCAGAUGAUGGAUUGGGCCUCCAAACGUUCAGUGAUCAGGAUGAAUGGAGAGAAGUUUCGUCGUUUUGUCAAGGCUCCUCCCAGGAACUACUCGGUGGUCAUCAUGUUCACGGCGCUGCAGCCACAGAGACAGUGUGGGGUCUGCAAACAAGCUGAUGAGGAGUUCCAGGUGCUGGCUAACUCUUGGCGCUAUUCCUCUGCCUUCACUAACAAAGUCUUCUUUGCAUGUGUCGACUUUGACGAAGGAUCAGACGUCUUUCAGAUGCUCAGUAUGAAUUCUGCUCCGACCUUCCUCCACUUCCCAUCCAAAGGGAAACCUCGCAAGUCUGAUACCUACGAGCUGCAGGUCAGAGGCUUUGCAGCUGAGCAGCUGGCUAGAUGGGUGGCAGACAGGACUGAUGUGCAGAUCCGUGUCAUUCGUCCUCCCAACUACGCAGGGCCUCUCCUGCUGGGCUUCCUAUUGGCUGUGAUUGGAGGACUGGCAUAUCUGCGAAGACACAAUUUGGAGUUUCUCUUUAACAAGAACGUCUGGGCCUUCUCUGCACUGUGCUUUGUCCUGAUCAUGACUUCAGGCCAGAUGUGGAACCACAUCAGAGGACCACCUUAUGCACACAAGAACCCCAGUACCGGACAAGUUAGUUACAUCCACGGCAGCAGUCAGGCCCAGUUUGUGGCUGAGACACACAUCGUCCUCCUCUUCAAUGCUGCCGUUACCAUGGGAAUAGUGCUGCUGUGUGAAGCCGCUACCUCCGACAUUGACAUUGGAAAGAGGAAGAUUAUGUGUGUUGCAGGUAUCGGACUGGUGAUGCUGUUCUUCAGCUGGCUUCUGUCCAUUUUCAGAGCAAAGUACCACGGAUACCCAUACAGCUUCCUGAUGAGUUAAGAGCUGACCCGGCAUCCUCCAGCUUCACAGCAAGUAUGAACAGGAAGUUCCCCCCAAAGUGCUGUCAACGAGCACGGUGCUGUCCAUGGCAAUGCCACAUUUUCUGUUUGUUAAGCCAUGACUUGUCUUCUAAUCUGUUGAGCCAAAUACACACUGUGCCUUUUUACAAAGACUCGGCAAGCAAUUCAUUUGCCAAUCAAUCAAGUCUGCAUUCUAAACUGUCUCGUGCCAAAAGGUACUUUUCUAGGUUAGAUUUCUGGAAUAGUUUUUCAGUCCAGAUCCUACUGGACACAAAUCUCAGUCUGUAUCUUUAUUUUUCAAACAGGCCAUGGACUCUGUUCUGUUUGUUUGUUUGUUUGUGGCUGAACUUGAACCAGGAUAUAUUUAUGGAGUAGCAAAGUGGGAGCAGUUAUAUCACAGACAUCCAGGCUUUCUGGAAAUACAUCGUUUUGGUAACAUCUUAUACGGGUCUUGUAAUAUCCUAUCAAUGUCCUAGGAAGUUUUACGGAAAGAACAAUAUGUUCACUUGAAGGUUUCAGGAAAGAAUCAACACAUUUAAAUAGUUCCCUUUUAAGUAGAAGAGAUAGAGUCAAGUGGAGUUUAGGAGCUGAUUGCAGAUAUCAAUUUAAACCCAAUUAAAUAUAUGUGUACAUAUAAUACAUACCAUAAAUAUGUAUUUAUUAUUGUAACCGUUACUCUACAUAUAUGUUGAAUUGUCUGCUUGCCUUUGAUUAUACAACCAAAUGGAAAGUCAUGUUCAGCUGAGCUGUGCUCUGAAUAAAUGACUCUAAUGGUGCCUUCAAAUGAAACUCGUAAGCUUGUGUUUACAACACGGGAAGUCGUGUACGUGAAGAACGCCGCUGCUAAGCAACGGCAAUAUUAACAUUACAGUCGGCGUCUAGAGGCCACGGAGGCUAGCAGCUUUGCAAGCUAGCAAGUGGAUAACAUAAUGCAGUAAAUGCAAAGGUAUGAUGACAGAGAAAGAUGAGGCCGUUGGGAAUGUCAACAUUUUCCUCAGACAUAUUAUAAAAUUACGAAGAAAAAUAAUGUACAGCUAAAAUUACAAUAUAUUAACUUAUUAUGCACCAAAAGAAAAUAACUUCCGCCAUUUCUGUCGACAUGAAGAAUCACGUCGCAAGUCGUGAACUCAGAAAUUUCAGAAACUUUCCAAUUCCGAGGUCGUGAAUACGACAUGAGGGGGCGUUCAUAUGGGCCCAACUCAAAAAUACGACCCCAUUUGAAGGCACCAUAAAUUAUGCCAAAAAUGAGUCAUCAAAUACACAAAUCAAGCAGCGUCCCUUUUUCCUAUUCAUUAGUACCAAAUGACAUAUUUCUUUCUAGGACCCUUUCUAAGUAUUUACAGUUGGGUAUCCGUUCCUUUCUUGGCCCGUGAUUGGCUAUUUGCAUCACUGCAACGUGACGCAGGUGAGGAAGGAACAAAUAGGACACGGUUCUAUUUCCCACUUGCAAGGAGUUACACAAAUCAAAGCAACUUUUAGAGUCGAUGAGUACACACAAAUUUGAGAACUUUCAAGAAGCAUCUGAUCACCAGGCUUAAAAAUCAGCUGCCUCCACCAGUAAUGACCUGCUGAAGCUAGAGGUGAUGCCCUAUGGAGUGCUCUCAGUUCAUUUAAGGAGUUAAAUAUUCUGAAUCAUGGUUGGAUUAACUGUUAAGUGAGUCCUGGAGCAAAAAUGAGCUGAUUAGUCCUCAUCAACUCCCAUUGCUCAUUGACUGUCAAUGUAGUGUGAACCAACAUUUGCAGUGUGGAAAUUUGAUUACCAUAUUUUUUUCAGGAAACAUGAAACAUAACGGCACAAACCUGUGUACCAGCAAAGGAGUCAAAUCUUAUUGUCCUGUGUUCUCUUUUGAGAAAUAUUCAGAAAUGAAAAAGGAGAAAUUUACAUUUGAUAUUUAUAUUAAUUUGUAAGAACACUGUUAGUUCUCCGUGUACACAGACGGAGAACUUGUUUCCAUACAGCCGAUGAAAUGGCCUCAUUUCAAACCAUACUGUCCUAAAUGCAGCCUGCUACACAACACAAGAGCGACCACAGACCUUUGAACAACAACCGCAUUAUCUUUCCUGCUAAAGUCUCCUUCUCUAAUCUAACUUAACCAACAUGAGCACACUUCUUGUCCUGCACCUUAAGCUGGUUGAACGAGCCACCAAACAAACAUUCACUGAGGGGAAAUAUGCAGUUUGCAGGCUACUUGCUCAGCUGCAGCACAUUAAACAGUCUACAAAUAUCUGGGCAGUUGCUGCUCAGCUCUGGUUGGUAAUCCGGCCUUGACGGUUCCCGUUUACAACAAUUAAAUGAUCAGAUUUCUGCAGUUGGUAUUUGUGCUCCUGUCUGGCAUCUUUCAAGUAGAAAUCACCACUAAGGCUCAGGGGAAUUGUAGUAUUUAGACCAAUUUAACCAAACCAAAAGGUAUGUAAACAGUGAUUUUAUAGUAACAAAGUAGAAAUAGCUCUAACCAAUGCUCGUGACAUAGCCAUGUGAAUGCUGUCAUAUUAUUAUAAUAAGUAAUCCUUCUCUGUUGACAACGCUGGGUAAAGAAUCCUGCAGCUUCACCCACUCUGCUACUCUAUACGCAAUGUGCCUUACACUGCUGAGCCACUGGGGUGUCUGAUGAUAUGUCUUAUGAACUAAAUCAUGAAUGAAUGAAUAAUCAAGUGAUUAAUUGUCAAGUGAUUUAAAUAAAUCUUAAGGCAGCAUGAACUGUAACCAGUUCAAUUAUUCAACGCUACUCCCGCUCAGGUAGGGUGUAACAGAUGUGAUGUGGUGGAUGCAGAUGUGAUGAAAUUACUUAUUUUUCCCCACAUUUUUUACAUCAAACACUCAGGGUGGUGAUUUUAGCUUGUUUGUUUGUUUUUUUUCAAUCUAAGCUGUGUUUGGGUUUAUCAAGUCACUUGACACUAAGUCAUAUUUCACAUGCGUUUUGUAUAAUAUUCCUUUGUCUUUCCACCUGUAAUAAAAAGGUCUGCAGUGAACCGUUGUGCUAAAAUGGAAUAGGAGUAGAACUUGGAUCUGUUAACAUUCCUGUUGUUAAAAAAUGAUUUAAAAAGACGUAAGAAUGGCCUUAACACCAGAGCAACGUGAGAUUUUGGAGUUUGUCUACAUCCUGAGAAAUAUGCAAACCCAUUCAUUAGGAUGCUUAAUCAGAAGUAUACUUGUUUUCUGUUGUGCUUUAAAUGUUUGUGGUUGCUUUGUAAGGGGUGUACCAGGAGAGAAUAUUUGAUCUGAGGCGAUAAUUUCUAAUAUUAAAGUGCCUUAACUGCC